ACAUCAGAAAAUUCACACAGGGGAGAAGCCCUAUCAAUGCAUCGAGUGUGGAACAUUUUUUCGUACGACAACAGCCCUCAGAUGUCAUAUGAAAGUUCACACAGGGGAAAAAAAUUACAAAUGUUUAGACUGUGGGAGAUCAUUUGCUCGCCAAAUAUCCCUUAGAAAUCACAGCCUAAUGCAUAUAGGUGAGACGCCCCAUAAAUGCUUGGAGUGUGGUAAAUGUUUGUCCAGAAAAGAUACUCUUUUGAGGCAUCAGAGAAUUCAUACUGGAGAAAAACCUUAUCAAUGUGUGGAGUGUGGGAAAUCUUUUCCUCACAAAGAGUAUCUUAGAAACCAUGAGAGGCUUCACACAGGAGAGGAACCUUACAAGUGUGGGCAGUGUGGGAAGUGCUUUACUUGCAACUCACAACUUCGUGCCCAUGAGAAGAUUCACACAGGAAUAAAACCUUAUAAGUGCCUUGAGUGUGGAAAAUGUUUCACUUGGAGUUCAUCUCUUCGGAGCCAUGAAAAUACACACAGAGGGGAGAAAAACAAAAUGUGUCUAGAAUGUGGGAAAUGUUUUUCCAACAAAUCAAGCCUGGUACGACAUCAGAGAAUUCACACUGGUCACAGACCCUAUGAAUGCCCAGAAUGUGAAAAACGAUUUGUGGAUUCUUCUGAACUUCGGAGACACCAGAUGAGGCACAAAGGAGAGAAACCCUAUAAAUGCGAAGAGUGUGGGAAAAGCUUCUGUCAAAAGACAGUACUUUCAGAACAUCAGAAGAUUCACAGAGGGGAGAAACCCUAUCAGUGCAUCAAGUGUGGAACAUAUUUUCGUAGGAAAUCAAACCUCACAUGUCAUAUGAAAAUUCACACAGAGGAAAAAGAUUACAAAUGUUUAGACUGUGGGAGAGCAUUUGCUUAUUCAUCAUCCCUUAGAAAUCAUAGCCUAAUGCAUAUAGCAGAGAAGCCCCAUAAAUGCUUGGAGUGUGAUAGAUGUUUUUCCAGGAAAGAUACUCUUUUGAAGCAUCAGAGAAUUCAUACCACAGAAAAAUCUUACCAGUGUCUAGAGUGUGGGAAAUCUUUUGCUCACAAAGAAUAUCUUAGAAGCCACGAGAGACUUCACACAGGAGAGAAACCUUACAAGUGUGGGCAAUGUGAGAAGUGUUUUACUUGGAAAUCAAAGCUUACAGUUCAUGAGAAGCUUCACACAGGAAUAAAAUCACACAGAGGGGAAAAAACCAAAAAGUGCCUAGAAUGUGGGAGAUGUUUCUCCCAGAAAUCGCACCUGGUGCGACAUCAGAGAAUUCACACCGGAGACAGACCCUAUGAAUGCACAGAAUGUGAUAAAAGAUUUGUGGAGUCUUCUGAACUUCGGAGACAUCAGUUCAGGAGGCACAGAGGAGAAAAACCCUAUAAAUGUGGAGAGUGUGAGAAAAGUUUUACCUCAGCAACGCAGGUUCAGAUUCAUCAGAGAAUCCAUACAGGGGAGAAGCCAUAUAAAUGUGGGGAGUGCGGGAAAUGCUUUUCCCGAAAACAACAGCUUGGAAUGCAUCGUAGGGUCCAUACAGGAGUAAAGCCAUACAGAUGUAUAGAAUGUGGGAAGUGUUUUGCUCAAAAGGCAGGACUUUGUAAACAUCAGAAAACUCACACAGGGGAAAUGUCAGGCCUAGCCCAAAUAACUCCUGGAGACCAUGUAGGUUCAAUCAGCAAGGUUUAUUAGCCAG